AUGACCCAUUCGAAAUACCGAAAUCUGCCCCUCCGAUAUUCUCUGCUUGCUCACCUGCCGUAUACGCCAGCGGGCGGACUGUUAACGAAUUCAUCCCCUCCUGUGUAUCAGCCACUGAGCGACUUUGACUAUCAAUCUCUGAAUCUCGCACUCAAUCAAGAACUUAUUGAGUUGGACUUAUUCCACCAUGGUCUUGCUCGAUUCUCUGUGCAAGAAUUCGAAGACGCCAACAUCACAGCGGCCGACCGAUAUCUGAUCGAGUUCAUGGCUGAUCAGGAGGUGGGGCAUGCGACGCUGAUCUCCAACAUGCUCGGGCCAAACAACGCGUCCAAGUCAUGCAACUACUCGUAUCCAUUCCAAACGGUCCACGAAUUUAUUCAGUUCAAUGAGUUUGGGAGUCUGCCCUUACUAAAUUACCUCGUUACCCGCUUCGGCGAGGCCGGCACGUACGGAUUCCUUGAGCAUCUGGACUCGCGCGCCUCAGCGCAGCUUGUACUGGAGGCCAUCACUACCGAGGCACGCCAGGAGAUGAUAUUCAGGCAGUUUCAGGGAUUGUUCGCAAUGCCAUUCUGGUUUACGACUGCCAUCACACAAAGCAUGCAGUGGACAUUGAUGGCUCCGUACAUUAUAUCAUGUCCUGCAGAGAAUGCCCGCAUAGAAUGGCAAAAUUUUCCUGCGCUGAAUAUCACAAACACUCCGAACAUCACAGAAUUGACCAACGCCUCGUUCCCUGCCAUCACGCAGAAUCACACCGCAUUCACUAGUCCUGGGCAAAAUAUCUCUCUUUCGUGGGAAUCUCCCGGGAAGUCCGUAGGACCAAACAACUCGUACACCACUAAUACCACCGCGGGCGAGCCGAAGUUCGCGGCCUGGAUCUCCCAGCUCAACACGACGUACACGCCACUGACGAAUGUCAGUGGACACACCGCUUACACGACACAGCCUGGUGGUGAAAUCUAUGGCAACAACACCUUCUCGACUAUCAAUGGCACGAUCUUUGUCGUGAUCACGGAUUCGGACCCAUACGUUACGCCGGCCAAUUUGAGCUUCAUUAAUCAGCAUGUCGUUGCUGGCCCUGCUUAUUACUUUGCGGGUUGA